CUCCGUGAGAGGGUAGGAGCGAGAAGGAGAACAAGAGGUCCAUGGGAGUGUUUGCCAGCCUUAGGGAGCUCCGAGGGUGAUGGAGUGAACCGGAGGGCCAGCUGAGAAACUCAAGAGCGACUUUUUCUAAAGGAAAGUGCUACUGGAUGAGCAGUUAGCGGAGAUCUCUCUCGUCCUUUAAGUCGUCGUAAUCAGUGUUAGUGCAAUCAUAGGGAUCACCUUGGAAAUCCAUACGGAUUCAGAACAAAUCCUUAUUGUAGAGGUUGAAAAGCCAAAGUAUUAACUCUACUUCCACGGGACUAGUAUUUGCAGCUGUGGGCUGCAACUGGCUCUUGUUCCGUGAGAUUACAAAGUGAUUAUGGAUAUGCUUGGAGCCGGAGCAGUUAGUGCGGCUGCCAGUCUCGUUCAUGCUGGCCUGGGACCCACAACCGCCUCCAACUUGUCCGAGCUCACGGGUCUUGAAGGUCUAGUGGGUCAUCACCACCAUCAUCAACAACAACAGCAUCAUGGCCAACAGAACGGAGGCAGCUCCGGCUCUGGAGACCUCGGACACUCCUCCUAUGGUAGCUCGGCCAGUCACCACGCCCAUCACAUGGUCUCAUCAUUCCAUCAUGGCUUCCAUCAUCACCCGCCUAAUCAACCCUUACCGCCACAUCGCCCGUUCACCCCACCUGGCAUCACCACUUCAAGUCUUCAUCAAAAUCAUCUGAACAGUCCGAAUAACAACUUGGACAACUCUUCCACAGCAAGUUACUCGCCAAAUAGCACAAACUUACCCACGUCCACUGUCAAAAUUAAGUCAGAUCCCAAUGAUGAUCCGGGCAGUCCAGAGAACCCCGAUAGUCAGCUAGAUGAUUCCAAGGAUGGAAAAAAUAAGAACAACAAGCGCCAAAGACGGCAAAGGACGCACUUCACAUCCCAGCAGCUCCAAGAGCUUGAAGCGCUUUUCACUCGAAAUCGCUAUCCGGAUAUGAGUGUCCGGGAAGAAAUCGCCAUGUGGACAAGUCUUACCGAACCAAGAGUCAGGAUCUGGUUCAAGAAUCGCAGGGCCAAAUGGAGGAAACGAGAAAGACAUCUUAUAAAUGCGGCGGGAGACUUCAGUAAGGCAGCUGUGGUGGCGGCAUCCGGAGGUUUUGGAUCUCAAUUCAACUCACUCAUGCCUCAAGCCGCUUUCGAUGACUCAUUCUACUCCAGCUGCUACUCACCCUAUAACAAUUGGGCAGCCAAAGCCACGCCCAGUUUAGCCAAGGGCUUCUCCUGGGGUCUCUCCGCAAUGGGUCAUCCUAACCAGGGGUUCAAUAACAUGAUGGCCUCCUCGAUGGUCAGCCCCUCUAGUUCAGUGUCACCAUUAGGGAUGUCUAGUACAGCAACCUCCGUCGCGUCCGGAGGAGCCACUGGUUACCCUUACGGCGCGGGCAGCGGGUACGGCGCUGCCGCGAUGUACAAUGCGGUGUCCGCCUCUUCCAAUUCCCCGAGUCAUUUGGCCUCCUCGCUAAGAUUAAAACCGACCAGUAACUCGAAGGACCGGUCCGAAACCCCGAAUUAUAUGGUUUAGCUUAGACUCAGUCUGGGCAUUACUUUCUCAUCCACUAUCGUCGAGUUGUCCCUCCGUUUCCAACUCUCUAGUCAAGAGCAAAUUCUGUUAGACCGUCUGUAUCAUAGAGUUACUAAUAGCUCUUUGGCCUGUAUAAGCGCCAAGUAUGCCAAGACAACUUGCGACAUUCUUGUGAUAAGUGUGGUUGUCGAGUGACCAGGACCGAUGGGACCCCCUAAAACCUUGUCACUUCGUGCAAUAUAUUUGAUGUGAGUUACUUUCCAGACUUUUGUUGCCAUAUUCAAAAAGCAUACCAUGCCAAUACAUUAUUCACUUGAACGA